GUAUUCGGUUAAAUAUUACACAAUCACCAUCAAACAUGGCGGCCAUUGGAAGAUUGUUGUGUGUCGGGAGAAAUGCUAACAAGCUUCUGUUUCCUGUAGCUCGGGCAGGAGUAUGUAGACAGUUAUCAGUGUCUGUUGACGAUCAUCUAACUGGACUAACAAGCGAACAAAUUCAUCUUCGGGAAGUAGCCUACAACUUUUGCCAAAAUGAGCUUGCGCCUUAUGCAGACCAGAUCGACAAGGAAAAUAACUUCCCUAAACUUCGGGAAUUUUGGAAGAAGCUUGGGGAUCUUGGUUUUCAUGGCAUUACAGUGCCAGUUGAUGAUGGUGGCAUCGGCAGUGGCUACAUGGAGCAUAUCAUUGUACUUGAAGAGAUGAGCAGAGUGUCGGGUUCUAUUGCUCUCAGCUAUGGAGCACACUCCAAUCUCUGCAUCAACCAGAUCGCCCGCAAUGGAAAUAAGGAACAAAAACGGAAAUACCUACCAAAGCUGUUAUCAGGAGAGCAUAUUGGGGCAUUAGCCAUGAGUGAAGCAAAUGCGGGGUCUGAUGUGAUAUCCAUGAAGCUGAGGGCAGACAAAGAUGGGGAUCACUAUGUUCUUAAUGGUCACAAAAUGUGGAUUACUAACGGACCAGACGCAGAUGUUCUCAUUGUCUAUGCCAAAACUAACCCCUCCAGCAAAAAGCCAGAGCACGCCAUCACAACAUUCCUCGUCGAAAAGGGCAUACCAGGGUUCAGCACUAGCCCCAAGCUGGAUAAGCUGGGUAUGAGGGGGUCCAAUACUUGUGAGCUAGUGUUUGACAACUGCAGGAUUCCAGCUGAGAAUGUAAUGGGAGAGGUCAACAAGGGGGUGUAUGUCUUGAUGAGCGGGCUGGACAUAGAGAGACUGAUCUUGGCAGCUGGGCCUGUAGGUCUAAUGCAGGCUUGCUUAGAUGUCACUGUGCCAUACCUUCACGCAAGGACUGCGUUUGGCCAGAAAAUAGGUGAAUUCCAGAUGAUGCAAGGCAAGAUGGCGGACAUGUACACCCGUCUGAAUGCAUGCAGGAGUUACCUGUACACUGUAGCACGAGCUUGUGAUGCUGGUCACAUCAGUAACAAGGACUGUGCAGCCAUAAUACUCUACACUGCAGAAAAUGCCACCCAAGUGGCUCUCGAUGCCAUCCAGUGUUUAGGGGGGAAUGGCUAUAUCAAUGACUACCCAACCGGAAGAUUCCUUCGUGACGCCAAACUUUAUGAGAUUGGUGCUGGCACCAGCGAAGUGAGAAGACUCAUUAUCGGCCGCGCAUUCAACAAGGAGUUCAAGUAGAUGGUGUGACCGUUAAUUAGCAUAGUAACCAUAGAAACCUAGGGGGACUGCACUAAAGGCAAGUGGAAUGCCAAGAGGCGCCGUGAUCGAAGACGGAGCGAUUUUUGUGGACACUUUUCUCCAGUGGUGUCUUCGGUAAUUGCAGCAGCUGGUAUUGGCCGCUUCACGAUUGACUUUAGUAUUUAUGGGACAUGGUUAAGGGCCAUGGGUUUAUCGUGGGCCAUGGUUUUCUCAACAAUCCGUUAUCGGGGAAAAGAAGGCUUGCCGGAAAAAAACACAAAUGAGUCUUUGUGGUCCACUCGGUAAUUCCCUGAUAUACAGGAAGAAUAGUAGUGUCUGUACUAAGCGUGGUCCACGGAAAAGUGCAUGCGCAAAGAGGAUGCGCUCGGAAUGUGAAGGCAAAGUGUGAUAUAAUGCGCAACUAAAAGGAUUUUGGAUCGUAUGAACACAUUUCUCUUCAUUUCUUCUUUACUCUUCCUUCCUUUUGUCUCUGAAAGAGGGUGCUUUGUCGAUAAUGGAAGCUUUAUAAAAGGUAGCUUUUACAACACACAUGCUUUAUUUACCUGUCCUUGUGUUUCAUCUUUAAAUGUGCUGCGCUUUUCUCCUUAAAUUAACUAUUUUUCAGUAUUGGGCGCAAAGACACUGUGGGUGCUGCACAUGUUUUUUUGUCUUCGGCAAAAUGUUAGGGCUUUAUUCGAGGAUAUUGUGUCAGUGUAUUUCAAUAGAAUUCAUUGGAGUCGUUGGGUGAUCCACUGAGUAAACAAUCGAUACCCCUCUUCCCCCCCCCCUAUCAAGUCGCAAAUCCGGUAGUGUUGAGUGACCACUGUCGGAACCAGGCCAUCCGCUUUGAUAAUAAAGAUUGGACAGAAACGGUG